AAUUUCAAAAGUAUGGAAUCAUUGAGAUGACACUAACGAUCUAUUGAAUCAUUGGUUAUUUCGCUGUGUUUGGCAUAAUGCUGAUAAAUUAUUUAUGAGUGGCACGAAUGGCAUGUCAUCAUGGGGGUUUAUUUUCUAGGCCUCUCUCAUAUAAACGGCAUCGUGAUUAUUUGCAUUAGAGUUGUAUCUGAUGAUGAACAGAUCUUCAAUAGCGUAUCAUGGCGAAACUUGAUGACUUGAUAAAAACAUGCAAGAUACUAUUUGCAUUUAUACCUUUUGUCUUAACGGACAUUACGACCUUCAAUGGAAAGACCUUCAUCAGAGAAAAGAAGACCGUCUUUAUAUCCGAUAACAAUUUAGGUCACCUGGGAACUCUCGAAAGAAGUUCGCACUCGGAAUGUGUCAUUGCCUGUCUAAAUACAAAGCGAUGCGGACAUACAAACGUAAAGCAAAUGACCGAAACGACGUUCAUAUGUGAUUUGCUUGAAUGGGUUAUAGGUGAAAAAUCCCAUAUGGAUGAUGCAGACCAUUAUUACGUCAGGGAACCAUGUGAAAUUGGCUUAUAUGCACCCUACAGCUACAAUGGUUCCAUGUAUUGUUUCUACCCUGGUCCUCUGAGCUGGUGGGAUGCUGAGCUGAAAUGUCAGGAACAUGGCGCAUACUUGGCUGCCAUUGAAACCGAAGAAGAACAACAUGCUUUACAAAGCUACUUGCGCAGACAUGGCACUGGUGACAUGAACAUUGGCCUCAGGCGAGAUGAGGACACCGGCAUCUAUCAUUGGAGCGGAUUAUCCGAUACAGUGACAUACUUCUCUUGGGCAGGAGUCAAUCCCGGCGAGCGUGAUGGUGAAUCCUGUGUGAUGUUGAGCAAUUACUGGCACAAUGACUAUAACUGGGCCGAUUGGUAUUGCUCUGUAAGAAAUGGUUUCAUUUGUGAGCAUAAAGAUAAUUGAGGAGAAAUUACAAAAAUAUAACUUUUUGAGGAUAUUUGCGAAGAAAUACUAGUAGCUUAGAAAACAACAGCAUCGCCGAUCUAAUUCCUCACUUAAGUUACAUCAAAGGUGUGUAAUGACCUUCGAUAGCAAGUCGCUACUACAGUCUCAGCUGUAGUGGCUAGCCUUUAUGGCUCAGUAGAGCGUCUGUCUCGAGAGCGGGAGGUCCUGA